UCUUCGUCAACAUCGUUUUCUUUUUAUAGUUUUUAGGCUUGGAUUUUGGAGGGGCAAACUGCAGGAAGAGUUGAAGACAUCAACAACAAACAUGCCGACGUUGGGAACUCUGGAGGUGCUCCUUGUCAAAGCCCAAGGCCUUCAUAAUACUGAUUUUUUCUCCAAGAUGGACCCUUACGCCCUCCUAAAAUGCCAAACCCAGGAGCACAAGAGCAAAGUUGCAUCCAUUGCAGAUCAAGGCAGCAAUCCAGAAUGGAAUGAGAAGUUUGUUUUUAAGCUAUCAGAAGGGGCUUCUGAUCUGAUUAUCAGAAUAAUGGACAAGGAUAAGUUUAGCGCUGAUGAUUUCGUUGGAGAAGCAAAAAUUUCAUUGAAGGCAGUAUUGAUGGAAGGAAACAUACCUCCUACACCUUACAGUGUGGUUCUCCUUGACAAGACAUACUGUGGGCAGAUCAAAGUGGGUCUCACCUUCACUCCCAAGGCAAAGUGUUAUGAGGAAAGGGAGAUGGAGGGAGGCUGGAGAGAAGGAGCUCUAUAACUGAUUAGAGUUGUUCAAUAAUCCAGAUUCCAAACUUAUACAUUGGUGAAGAUUAGUCUUCUUAUUUUAUGCUUCUGUUGUGGAUUUCCUCAAAGCUUUGAGAGGUUGAAUUGGAAGUGAAGGGUCAUUAAGUAAUAUAUGUUGUGCUUUGAAAUUUGGACAUUUGA